AUGUCUGGAUUUGAGCGAAUGGCCAAAGCAGAUAUCAUCGGCGCCAUUCUCCACCCUGUCCAUGGAGCUCUGCAGCCCGUCAAAGUGGCGGGAGGCCUUGGACUCGGCACGCGGUCCGCCUCCCACGGUUUGGCAGUGCCUGACGGUGAGCAAAAGCCCAGGACAAAGCCCCGGAGCGAGACCAACGGAGCGUCACGCAAAGAUGAGGCGCAGAAGACGAGCGCCGCGGGCCAAGUUGAUCAGUUUAAAAUUUACGAGAUCUCACGUCUCCACCCCGAGUGCAGCAAUGGGUCAUGGGCUACCGAGGACGUCAACGACGGUGACAAUGAUGGUGGACAGCCAGGUGAAGCCCUUGCCCAUGGCACGGAUUCCCGGGGGGGACCACGAAUUGGGGUUCUUGCGGAGCAGACGCGCUUACAGCAACACGCACGUGGAGCUGCUCUGUUGAGGUUUACCGAUACUGUCACGGCCGUGGACGUCCUGCCGACAUUGCACAUCCACGACUGCACGUUCAAAGGCCACGUCUACUCAAAUACCACAUCGUCCGAAAUCACCAGUCUCGUCCUGUCCCGUACGAUAAGCUACGUGAUUCCUAUCGCCCCGGGCAAUAAAGAUGCCUCUGUCUGCGACGACAGAUGCCCCAGCGGAGGAAAGGAUCCCCUAAUGUUUGAGCCGCAGGAGGGCGUUGCUACCAGGUUAAUCUACGAUCUAUUUCAAGGGCUCCGUUGCAAACUGCAACAAAGCUGUCUCGGAUACACCACGCUUUGCGCAAUGCUCGAGUUUUCUGAUAUUGACAGUGGGAUAAGGGAUCUCCUUGGGGGGAUCCGCGAUCAGGAUUUCAUGCUCCAGGGGAAGGCCCCGCAAAUUAUUGCUCACUAG